UACACAUCCUACAACUAUGCCAGCACCAUCAGAAGCUCCUGUCGAGAACAAGCCUAAGCCUUGCUGUGUGUGUAAGGAGGAGAAGCAGAAGAGGGACGAGUGUAUGUUGUUCUCCGAGAAAGGUGAGGAGGACUGUAAGCCUGUGAUCGAGCAGUACAAGGCGUGUAUGGCUGGCUUUGGAUUCAAGAUCUAGAUGGACGUCUCUUUUGCGUAUG